UUCCGAAGCGGGGUCUGGUAGCGACGCCGCGGCGGAGCCCGAAGAUUCGACGAGCAGUGACGAAUCGAUGGGGCAUUGCCUGUCUGUGUAGAUGGCGCACAGCUGCUUCCAGGUCGCCAGGAUCAGUUGGGUCUCGCUCUGUUUUUCGAAGUGGGGUGUUUGUUCGUCAACACGCACAGGAAGACAGAGUGAGUGAUACAUGAGCUUGCUGGCGAAGAGAAUUGGGGUUCCUCUAAGCGAUGGCGAUGGCGAUGGCGAAAGAGAGCUCCACCCAUACGCUGCGAGUGCUGCGUGGCGCAGAGGAUGGCUUGCGGGGAGUUGAAGGGAUCGCUUGGAUUAUUGGAAUGUCCCAUCCUGCGCUGACGGUGCUCUCCUUCCUUCGUUGCCUGCAUCGGAACGAUGCUCAGCCUGACGUCGUCGCGGAAGCUGAGGAACUGCGCGUAUUGUUGCCUCGAGGACUGGAAGUUCUGGGUGCCGUUGUGCUUAAUAAAGGGGGAGGGAAAUUGUCAAGUGGAGGACGAAUCGCUUUGGAACUGCGGGAAAAGCUUGAGGUGCCAAACAGAGACAAUGGAUGUAUUGUAGCUGCUUCAGUGUCGAGCUCCAGCUUUAAGUUGGGGUAUAGUCGGUACCAGGCUGGAAACGCAUCCAGUUUACGUGAAAUUGAUGUACAAGAAUUUGAGAAUGGUGUUUGGGACGAUGCCAUUUUCCUUCGUUGCAAAAUGCAGUUUAAGAUGCCGCUGUACCUGCCACAGUCUGCCACUGCUUCAGAGUAUGAGGAGCAAGCUGCUGGAGCCAUUAACAACAUGGUUGAGGACUUGAAAAGCAGCAAGGCACGAUUUCUAGCUGAAGGCCCAGACGGGCCGAUGCUUUUGCCGCUGUCUAGAGAGAAAAGUUCCCAGGAUCCUGUAUUCUGUUCGAGCCUCCGUUCCUCUCAGCCGCUUUUAGCUCCAGGAGGACACCAGAUUCCGGCAGCAGUCAAUCUAUCCGUCAUGUCCUGUUCCUCGAAGGAAAAUAACACUUCUCUUCUCAUGCAGAACUUACCUGCAAAGUCUCCAGUGGCAGUGCAACUAUUGAAGUUGAACGUGGAUGUGCUUUGUGUUGCACCAAGUCAUUUGUCGGUAGUAGAGGCAGCUACGUCUUUAGUCGUACCUGCUAUUUGCGAUCAAUUGAGCUUAAUGUCCAAGAUGGCGAAGAAGAACGCAUCUCAAGAUUCCAAGAUUUCAGCAUUCCAUUUUUGUCCCUUGAGCUGUCCUAUAACAGUAAUUUAUGAUCUGAGUUACGGAGAAAAUGAGACUGCUCUUGUGAACAGUAGGAAGUCCUUGCACCAAAGACUCUUACUUCCCUUGGAUCGACCUUUGCUUCGAGUUGCAAAUGCCCUGACGACCAUGGAAUCCACUAGUUCUUCUUUAGGAUCAAGAAGAUUGUGUGAUGUCCACGUGGGGCUAGCCCCUUCUGGAGUUUCGGGUGGCACGCAGAGCCUCGUUGAUGGUUCAUACGAGUAUUAUCAUUAUCUGCAAGACCGUUUUGAUGACAACGGCUGGGGAUGUGCUUAUCGAUCCUUGCAAACUAUUGUCUCUUGGUUCAGACUGCAGCAGUACACAUCGGUGCCUGUUCCUAGUCACAGGGAAGUACAGAAAAUUUUAGUUGACAUUGGGGAUAAGGAACCUUCAUUUAUUGAUUCACAAGACUGGAUUGGCUCAAUGGAGAUCUUUUUCGUGCUCGACAAGUUACUCGGUGUCCAAUGCAAGAUUUUGGAUGUGCAAAGCGGUAAAGAACUACCCAACAAAUGCAGAGAGUUGGCGCAACACUUCAGGACCCAAGGCACACCCAUAAUGAUAGGUGGAGGUGUUUUAGCAUAUACCUUGUUGGGGGUUGAUUACAAUGAGAUGACGGGGGAGAGUGCUUUUUUGAUCUUAGAUCCCCAUUACACUGGUGGUGAGGACUUAAAAAGCAUUCGCAGUGGAGGUUGGUGUGGUUGGAAAAGAGCUGUAGGAGCUAACGGUAAAGAAUUCUUCCAUGCCAAUAGAUUUUAUAAUCUGUUGAUGCCUCAACGACCUAAUACAGUAUGAACUUCAGUGGCAAGUAAACACUAUUGAUAACGAUCAUCAAUGGGCAAAUUAUUUAUUGGAUGUUAUUAGUUUAAACAUUAGAGACGACUCAGAACCACCCAAUUUCUGUGACUUAAAGAAAUUACUUUCAAAGAAAUUUCUUCCCACCCGUGUUCAUAGUUCUUCAAAAUUUCAGCUUGCUAUACAAGCGUGCAAGACGUUGUCCAAUUAGCGAGCAAUUGCUCACACUAUGCUGCCUAAAAUACUCAUGUAAUUUUAAUUCAGGAUAUCGGGAUCUCAUCCCGCCAUGGUUUGGAAAGUUAA